GAUCUCUCUGUAGUGGUAAAAACCCAGAAGAGUCUCUGGGCUUCUCAUCUCCAGGAGGGGGAUGAGUUUGGGAUUGCAUGAGAAAUGUGGGUUCUGACUCUAUUCUCCUGUGUUUACAGAUCCCACUGGAAGAGAAUGGAUACUGGAAAUAGUUCGUUAGUAACCAAGUUUAUCCUUGUAGGUUUAAUGGAAUACUCAAAGAUUCAACUCCCCCUCUUCUUCCUCUUCCUAGGAAUCUUCAUUGUCACUGCGGCAGGUAACUUGGGUGUGAUCACUUUAAUUGGGCUGAAUGCUCACCUUCAUACCCCUAUGUACUACUUCCUCUUUAAUUUAUCUUUCAUUGAUCUCUGUUACUCUUCUGUCAUCUCUCCGAAACUGCUGGUAAACUUUGUGUUGAAGAUGAAUAUCAUCUCCUAUGCAGGAUGCAUGACUCAGCUCUUUUUCUACUGCUUUUUUGUGAAUGCUGAGAUCUAUGUGUUGACAGUGAUGGCCUAUGAUCGCUAUGUGGCCAUCUGCAAACCCCUGCUGUACACAGUCACCAUGUCCCCUCAAGUCUGUUCUGUGUUGGCUGUGAUUGUGUAUGUGGGAGCAUUUGUUGCUGCUUGGGCUCACACAGGAUGCAUGCUGAGGCUGACCUUCUGUGAUGCCAACAAAAUCAACCACUACAUGUGUGACAUCCUCCCCCUCCUGGAGCUCUCCUGCACCAGCACUCACAUCAAUGAACUGGUGGUUUUCACUAUUAUGGGCUUUAACGUUGCUGUGCCCUGCCUCACCAUCAUUGUCUCUUAUGCUUACAUUCUCUCCAGCAUUCUCCACAUUCACUCCAGGGAAGGAAGGGCCAAGUCUUUCAGCACUUGUAGCUCACAUAUAAUUGUUGUUUGUGUUUUCUUUGGAUCAGGGGCAUUCGUGUACUUCCAUCCUUCUUCUGUUUUGUCCAUGGACCAGGGGAAAGUGUCCACCAUGUUCUAUACCAUCGUGGUGCCCAUGCUCAAUCCUCUGAUAUACAGCUUCAGGAACAGGGAGGUUAAAAUUGCCCUGAAGAAAAGUUUCAGUAGAAAAGCAUUUUCCUGA